CUAAUUAUUUUCAGUUUCCCUGGUUUCGCUAGAGAGAAAGUAUUUAAUAUACUCGUGAUAUUUAGAUCUUUUGAAAAAUUAUUCACAUUUUUUAAAUAAAAAAUGGCUUUACACGUUCCAAAAGCGCCUGGUAUGGCACAAAUGUUGAAAGAUGGUGCUAGAUAUUUCACCGGACUGGAAGAAGCAAUCUAUAGAAAUAUAAAUGCUUGCAAACAAUUCGCUCAAUCUGUACGUACUGCCUAUGGACCAAAUGGAAUGAAUAAGAUGAUUAUAAAUCAUAUUGAAAAACUAAUUGUCACGAGUGAUGCGGCUACAAUUAUAAAGGAAUUAGAAGUUGAACACCCGGCUGCAAAACUUAUGGUACUUGCCUCUGAAAUGCAGGAAGCUGAGGUUGGAGAUGGUACAAAUUUCGUCGUUAUCUUUGCUGGUGCACUUCUCGAAGCUGCUGAAGAUCUCCUACGAUUGGGUAUCACAACAUCUGAAAUAGUUGAAGGCUAUGAGACGGCACUUGAAAAAUCUCUUGAAAUUCUCCUCCAGCAAGUUGUUUUUGAAGUGAAAGAUCUUCGUGACAUGGAUCAAAUUAAAGGGGGAAUUAAAACCUCUGUUAUGAGCAAACAAUACGGACGAGAAGAAUUUCUUACUUCGCUUAUUUCACAAGCCUGCGUUUCCAUUCUAACAGGAAAUUCUCACUUUAAUGUGGAUAAUGUUAGAGUUUGCAAAAUUAUUGGUUGUGGAAUUCAGUCUUCACAGAUUGUUCAAGGAAUGGUUUUCAAGCGUCAAGUUGAGGGUGAUGUUUCGAAAAAGACGAAUUGCAAAAUUGUUGUUUACACUUGUCCGGUUGAUAUUACUCCCACUGAAACAAAAGGAACUGUUUUGAUUAAAUCAGCUGAUGAACUUUUAAAUUUCUCACGGGGAGAGGAGUCAAUGCUCGAGGCUCAGAUUAAAUCGAUUGCAGACUCUGGAGCUGAAGUAAUUGUUUCAGGAGGAAAAGUUGGCGAUAUGGCUCUACAUUACAUCAACAAGUACAAUUUGAUGGCUGUACGACUUCCAAGUAAAUUUGACGUAAGGAGACUUUGCAAAGCUGUCAACGCCACAGGGCUUACAAAAUUGACGCCACCCACUUCAGAAGAGUUGGGAUUUGCAAGCAGUGUUCACAUUGAUGAAUUGGGCGAUACAGCCGUUGUCGUUUUCAGCGUGGAAGGAAAAGACAGUCGUAUUAGCACUGUGGUGGUUCGUGGAUCCACUGAAAACUAUAUGGACGACAUUGAACGGGCUAUUGACGAUGGGGUCAAUACUUACAAGGGAAUGACCCGAGACGGACGUUUCGUGCCAGGUGGAGGAGCCACCGAAGUUGAAUUAGCAUUUCAAAUAGCCGAAUUUGCGAAUACUUUACCUGGUCUUGACCAGUACGCUGUGCGUAAGUUUGCUUCGGCUUUGGAAGUUUUUCCCAAGAUUUUGGCUGAAAACAACGGCAGCCAACCGUCAGAACUUCUUUCGAAACUUUACGCAUCUCACAAGGAGGGAAAUAAAACUUAUGGUUUUGACAGCAGUGAAGGAACCGGAGAAAUGGUUGAUUCCGUGAAAGCAGGAAUUUUAGAUUUGUACUUGACAAAGCAGUGGGCUCUAAAGUAUGCUGUAAAUGCAGCCUGUACAAUUCUCAAAGUGGAUCAAAUUAUAAUGGCAAAACGAGCAGGAGGACCGAAACCGAGAAGUGGUGGAGGUCACAACAGUGAUGACGAGUAAAAGUGAUCCACAAAAAACUUUAAUUCCUAAUCGUUUAGUUUAUAUUUUUUAUUCGUAAUGUUUAAGAUCAUUAAUUUAAAAUUUCUUCUGAAACCAGUUUGUCAUUUAACUUUUUUUUAUAAUGAAAUUCAGCACUGCUUCCCAUUUAAUUAAAUAAUCUUGCGAAAUUUAAAUCACUAAUAUUAAUUCAAAUAAAAAACUAUGCAAGUACAAUUUUAUAGAAUAAAUC